GAACGCGGCUAGCCUUAGUGUCCACUAUCACCGCAUGACGUCAUUCCUAACAAAGAUGUACAAGAAAAAGAUGGAUAAAGUGGAUUCUGAACCAAUUGUCGAGUUCUCUCGUCAAAGAUACCCCUACUGUAUUGUAUGGACACCUCUGCCUCUCCUCUCAUGGAUUUUCCCUUUUAUCGGUCACAUGGGGAUAUGCACCAGUGCCGGUGUGAUUCGAGACUUUGCUGGCCCAUACUAUGUCUCUGAAGACAACAUGGCUUUCGGGAACCCAACAAUGUACUGGCGACUGUCACCCUCCAAGGCAGAAGCUGCAGCCUGGGACAGUGCUGUUCACCAAGCCUCUGAGGAGUACGGCAACAAAAUGCAUAACUUGUGUUGUGAUAAUUGUCACUCCCACGUUGCCCGUGCACUCAACCUGAUGAGGUAUGAAGGAUCGUCUCGUUGGAACAUGUACAAACUAGGAUUCCUCAUGGUGUUCAAGGGAAAGUUCACUGGAGUUGGUGGUUUCCUGAAGACGUGGCUGCCAUUCAUCAUCAUCCUCUCCCUGGUGGUCAUCGCCGUGGUGCUCGGUACUACCCUCUCAAGCACACUCUCCUGACUCUUGAGCUGUGUACCCUGUGUCUUUAGUGUACCAUACUCACUCCCUUAAUUUUUAUGUUUAAGUAAUGUGUACAUACAAUCCAUAUUAGUGCUGCAUUCAUGUCUAUAUGUGUGUUUUAAGAAUUAUUUAUGGGAUG